GCGGGCCGCCACCGCUGCAGGGGCCGCCGCGGGGAUGCUGAGCGCGAGCGCCGCCGCUCUCACGGCGCUGCUCUGCUGAAGGCGCACAGGACAGUCACUGCCAUCGUCAGCGCUGCCGUUUUAUGACACCUUUCCCCUCCACUAUGAGAAGACCAGCCGUGCCGCAUGUCUGUCUGGCUGUCUGUGGCCUUCUGCUUCUCAACUGCGCCGCACGAGGUUUGGCCUUCCCCAAAAUGGAAAGGAGGGAGGCAACACGUGUUAAUGAAGAAAGAGUGCCGUCUGAGAAGAUAAACGUGGAUGACCUAGAAAAUAACUCCAUCACUUCCAAGGGCGCUUUCCAACCAGUGGUCUCCGAAGACCCAGUGAUAGUGUCAGCGGGACCAUCAGCAGUGCCCUUAAGUCAAGCAUUCACUAUAAAUGAAGAAACCUCUUCCAUAGGUGCUGGGCUCCUGCAGCCGAAUAGCCUUGGUAUCGACACUACUACUGAGCCAGUGGUCCGAGCAGGGGAAGAAGCGUUUGGUUCCAGCCAGCUGGAGAGAAUGCCUCCUGAAACCCUGCUUUCCAAGGCCAUGGUAACCAACCCUAUCACGGCCACUGCUUCGCGGAAUAUCAAUGAGAAGGAGGAACCAUUUGGUAGUACCAACAUUCAGCCCGUUGUAGAAGGGGCCACAAAAGCAACACGAGGUUUUUUGGAGUAUGUGGAUAAUCAGUUGUUUACAACUGAAAGUCAGGGAAGCAUCGGUCUGGGAUAUUCAUCUUCAUCCUAUGUGAAUACUAACAAAAUACUAACCACCGAUCCAGGGACUGAGAAAUUUAAAGCAGGCACAGAUCCUAAGACAACUUCGUUUCUUGGUGCUGAGCCUGUAGCAGGCACGGAGCCCGGAAGCCUCACGUCUGAGAGGGAGGAGCCUUCGCAGAUGACAGCUGAUAAUGCCCAGGCUACUGCCACCAGGCACGGGCUGACGGUCUCUGAGUACACCCUGAGUGUUGAGCUGGACACUGACAGCCUGCCCGGGGCCCCAGAAGUCACAGUGAGUGUCAGCACAGCUGUUCCAGCUGCCUCUGCCCUGAGUGAUGAGUGGGAUGACACCAAAUCAGAGAGUGUGAGCCAGAUAAAGACCCCAAAGCUGGGAGACCGUACAGAGACUCAGAUGGGAACGGGAAUGUCUCCGACAGCCCGAGUGACCGAUAGUGGCAUGGAAGGCGUGGAAAGGGGUGAACCUCUCACAGAAUCGGCACACACGGGGCUUGGGCUGCCUGAGGGGGAAAUGCACACAGGGGCAGCCCUGCUCACAGCACAGGGGGCUGGGAGAUCCUCCGCCUUCACCGGUCAUGUUUCCUUUACUCCCACAAGUCCGAUGGAAGGUACGAAAGCCUCUGUUGUCAGCCUGUUUCAAAAUACUGCAGACUUCAUGGAAUCCGCCAAGGAAAACAGUGCCAUGUUUUUCUUAGAGACCACUGUUUCCAUCUCAGAACAUGAGUCUGAGGCUCAUCAACCACUGAGAAAUACAUUUAAAGACACCAUCACUCAAGAGAUGACGACAGCUGCUCGAGAAGCAGAAGCCACUUUAUCAUUGGUGACACCAGAGCAGCAGGUUUCCACCCUCCAGGUUACCCAAGAACAUGACGAGGCUGCAGAAGAAAAAGCGUCCGAUGUUCUGGGUGCCACUCAGCUGUCAAGAAGAUGGGAGACUCUGGCCAGUACCAUUUCACCAACAGCCGCACCUCUGUCUUUCGAAGUUACUCCCAUCGUGGAAGACCUAAAGGACACAGUCACAGGGCCCAAGGAGGAGUGGAUCACGCCAGUUUUUGGCUCUCCAGUGACCCCCCCUGGAAUAACGGAGGAGGCACCCAGCGUUUCUCCAGCGCUUUCUGAUUCCGAGGCGUCCUCCGAGAGAAGAAUCCUCGUUCCAUCCAUUGGCCUUGUUAAUACAGCUGCCCCGUAUGGCCUGGACCAGCUCGAAUCUGAAGAGGGAGAAGAAGAUGAGGAUGAAGAGGAUGAGGAGGAGGAAGAUGAAGAAGAGGAAGACGAGGAAGAAGAUGAAGAAGAUAAAGAUGCAGACUCCCUGGAUGAAGGCUUGGAUGAUGACGCUGAGCCGCGUGGUUUUACUCUCCCUGGCAUCACGUCCCAGGAACCUGGCUUGGAGCCGGAAAACGUGGACCUUCUGGAGGGAGCCACCUACCAGGGGCCAGACAGCAUCGAGUGGGAACAGCAGAAUCAGGGCCUGGUGAGAAGCUGGAUGGAAAAACUAAAAGACAAGGCUGGCUAUAUGUCCGGGAUGCUGGUGCCUGUUGGGGUGGGGAUAGCAGGGGCCUUGUUCAUCCUGGGAGCGCUCUACAGCCUUAAGGUGAUGAAUCGCAGAAGGAGAAAUGGCUUCAAAAGGCACAAAAGAAAGCAGAGAGAAUUCAACAGCAUGCAAGACCGAGUAAUGCUCUUAGCUGACAGCUCUGAAGAUGAGUUUUGAAUUGGACUGGAAUUUAAUUGGGAUAGUCAACCAUGUUAUUAUUUUAUUUUUUAUUGGGGGGAUAAAAACGAACAACAUCCUGCCACAUCGCUGCUGUCAGGCCAUCCGUCUCAUCAUCUGCUGGGUAGUAGGUUUUUCUUGCACUGAGCGGACAAGGCAUGCUGUAUACUAAAUGUCAUAUGCAGUGUUUGUUUGAAUUCUGUAGUGAAUAUUCCACAACCACGGGCUACAGCUCAUAAAUAUGCAGCGUAUGUGUUGUUCAGUAGGAGUUGCUAGGUUAGGUAGAGUAAAUAUUUUGUAUUUUUCCACAGUGUCUUUUCCUUGGUUUGGAUUACCUGCGCUGAGUGUCGCCGUUAUUGCUACCAAGGCAUGCUUACCUUUGAACUAGAAAUCUUAACAAAGAAUAACUUGUGAUGACCGCACUCUACCUACUUGAAACCAUAGGCUUGUGAGCCAUGGUACAUAUCCCAUCUGCAUCAAAACUAGCAGCAACUUGGAAUGAAAUCUUUUUUUUGUCAAAAAAAUCUUUCGGCUAUGAGGAUUAUAUGUAGAUUUGUAUGUAUCUUGCAUUAUGUGUUUCAGUCUCCCAGUUUUAUUAUUUUUCUCUCUCUGGCUUAUUCUUCUUCUUGGAAAGGAAAAAAAAUGCACCCGAGUAAUACAUUAAAUUGACUCUCAGUCUUAAUAUAUGUUUGGUUUCUUAAGCGGUGUGAC